AUGCCGAAGAGGAUUGCUCUCAUCUGCUUCCUUUCCCUGGUGAUGCUCAUGAGUGUCCUGGGGAACCUCCUGGUCAUGACAGCUGUCUGCAAGGACCGCCAGCUCAGGAAAAUCAAGACCAACUACUUCAUAGUAUCGCUGGCCUUUGCAGACCUGAUGGUGUCGGUGCUGGUGAUGCCGUUUGGUGCCAUAGAACUGAUUCACCAGAACUGGAUUUAUGGAGAAACCUUCUGCCUGGUCCGGACAUCUCUAGAUGUACUGUUGACAACAGCCUCCAUAUUACACCUAUGUUGCAUUGCUUUGGACAGGUACUAUGCCAUCUGCUGCCAGCCACUGGUCUACAGGAAUAAGAUGACACCACUGAGAGUGGCUCUUAUGUUAGGAGGAUGCUGGGUAAUCCCCACCUUUAUAUCCUUCCUACCCAUAAUGCUAGGAUGGAACAGUAUCGGAAUAGACCAUUUGAUAGAGGAACGGAAGUUCAGCGGGGAUGCAGCCAACUCGACGGCGUGUGUCUUCAUGGUCAACAAGCCCUACGCUCUGACGUGUUCCGUGGUGGCCUUCUACAUCCCUCUGGUUCUGAUGGUACUGGCCUACCAGCGUAUCUAUGUGACUGCACGGGCGCACGCACGACAAAUCGGCGUGCUGCAGCGGGCAGGGGGCGCUGCCGCCUCGGCAGACAGCGCCGACCACCAGCGCAACCACCGCAUGCGUACGGAGACCAAGGCGGCCAAGACUCUGUGCAUCAUCAUGGGCUGUUUCUGCCUGUGCUGGGCCCCCUUCUUCAUCACAAACGUGGUGGACCCCUUCAUAAGCUAUACAGUGCCCGACCAGCUGUGGGCAGCGUUCCUGUGGCUGGGUUACAUUAACUCCAUGCUCAAUCCCAUUCUCUAUGCCUUCUUGAACAAGUCCUUCCGCCGUGCCUUCCUCAUCAUCCUCUGCUGUGGGAGAAAGCGUUACAGCGUCAGGCGGCCAUCCAUACUAGGGCCAGGGCCCCCCUGCUCGGCCACACAGAUCAACGGCUCCACACAUGUGCUCAAGUAA